CCCAUUUAUGUACUGACCGCAUUACUGGGUGUCAGCUUCGAUACUUCGUGAGCAGCAGAUUUUGUACCAAGUUAUGAAAAUUGGUCGCAUUUUAAACGAAAUUAAAACUAAAUAUGGCGUUAAACAAUCACAACGUUUCCGUUAAGCUACAUUGCUAUUUUAUCAAAAAGGGUAAAAAGCGGGGACCCCACAGCAAAACGUUCAACCAGGAUCAAACGUGGACCCAAGUUUUGAAAGAGUUUAAACUCGGCGCGUACAACCAACCGAACAAGUACCAAAUUAUGACCAGAAAGAAAAACAUUUCGGCCCGACUUGGUGACCGGAUUUCCGGAAUUUUGACCAAUUUCAAAACAAAGAAAAAAAUAAGUGUGAAACUUGAAGAAAAAAUGAGUAGUUCAGGUGCCACUGAUGCGUCUGGGAAAAGUAGGGCCGUCCAGUCGGCAUCAUUUCGACGGGGUGAAGUGCGAAUUGGCGGGCAUGGGACUAGAUCCGAAUCGGUGGCGGGUGGAAGUAACCCGGAUGACGAUACGAAUGUGCCCGACGCACCGGAGGAUUCACCCGAUCCACUGGAUGCACCGGAUGAUAUCUAUGACCAGCAACUGAACAGUGUCUUGUCAAAUCCUGAGGAUCAAACUACCGCAGAAGAAAUUAAGGAAAAAUUCAUCACCCAGUUGCGCCAGUGGGCGGAUAAAGAUUUUCUGGAAAUGCGGAUGGAGUGGGUUCAAUUCAAGGCUAAACACGUGUCCAUUGUUCGUCACUUGAGCGGGAAAAUAUUCACCUUGCUGGAAUGUGGUUUGGGUAAUUAGUUCUCCCCAGGUCUCCGUGUAUUUGUGCCGUACAGAAAAGUUCUGGUCAAAUAAAUCACGUGGUAAAGUAAUUUCUAAA